AUGAACGACUUUAUAAUGACAAUUGAUGACGAAGAGAUCGUGGAAGGAGAAGUAAGCGAGGAUGAAUUCUCCGAUGAUCAGAAAAAAAAAUCCAAGAAAAAAGACACGAUCUCUAAUGAUGAUGGCAGGGUCAAAAAGAACAAAGUAUCGCAGAAAAAUAAUAAAAGAAAUAAUGGCACGCAAGAAAAUGAAGUCGAUCUUAUGAAUCCGAGUUUUACUUUCUAUGAUGCUUUGGCCUCGCAUAACCACACUGAACAUGAAUGGGAUUUUAAGGCUGCAAGAGCAGGAUUAAAAGAGAAAACUUCUGUUCCUUCAAAGACGAUUGAUGAAAUAAUUGAAAGCAAACGCAAAGAUAUAAACAAAUCUGAGAGAUCGGUCGUUGAAAAACCCGAGAAAGAGGAUGAGGAUAAAGAAAAUAACGAUGAGGAGAGAACGAAUAAAGAUUUAACUUCAGAAGAUGAAGACAAAAUUCUCAUGGAUGAAGACGACGAAGAUUUAGAUGUUGAUGGUUUUGGUGCUGGAUCCCGGGAAUUCUUUGAUGAUAACAACAAUAUAAGCGAAGACGAAACGGAGCAAGAAGAGAUCAAUUCUGAAGAAGAUCGGAAGGAACAGAAUAACAGUGAUGACGAUCACACUAGUAGUGAUGAUGAAGAAGAAACUGAAUUUGAAAAACAGCGUAAGAAAGAGUAUUUUGCUGAUGAAUCGGAGAUAGUCCAAAGUGAAGUUGUUGAGUCGUUUCAAACAAUGAAUCUUUCACGCCCCAUUCUCAAAGGCCUGAGCAAGUUGGGAUUUAUUCAGCCCACCAUGAUUCAAAUGAAAACAAUUCCUAUAGCUCUUAUGGGUAAAGAUAUUUGUGGAGGAGCAAUAACUGGUUCAGGAAAAACUAUAGCUUUUCUGGUCCCAAUAAUGGAACGUCUACUAUACAGACCGAGAAAAACUCCUUCUGUGAGGGUAUUAAUUCUUGUACCGACGCGUGAAUUGGCCUUGCAAUGUCACAGUGUUUCGACUAGAUUAGCAGUUUUCACCGAUGUAACAAGCUGUCUGUGUAUUGGUGGAUUAAGUCUUAAAAAACAAGAAGUUGAACUCCGCACACGACCCGACAUUAUAAUUGCUACUCCAGGGAGAUUAAUCGAUCAUGUACACAAUUCACCGUCUUUCACAUUGGAUACCAUUGAGAUCCUGAUAAUCGAUGAAGCCGAUAGGAUGUUAGAAGAUGGUUUUUCGGAUGAGUUGAACGAAAUUGUCAAAUGCUGUCCGAAAUCAAGACAAACAAUGUUAUUCUCUGCGACUAUGACGGAUGAUAUUGAUGAUUUGAUUCGACUCUCUCUAAACCGUCCUGUGAGACUCAUGGUGGAUUCGACCAAGGCAACAGCUGCGAAAUUAAUUCAAGAAUUUAUUCGAAUAAGGGGGCACCGUGAAGAAGAUCGAACUGCCAUGUUGCUUGUGCUAUGCAAGCAAAUAUAUCAUCAUCGUGUUAUAAUAUUUUUCAGGAGUAAGGCGAUGGCUCACAAUAUGAAAAUAACUUUUGGUUUAUUGGGUUUAAAGGCCGCAGAAUUGCACGGAAGUUUAUCGCAAGAGCAACGUUUGGAAGCCCUGGAAACAUUUCGAGAUGGAAAGGUUGAUUUUUUACUGGCCACAGACUUGGCCUCACGCGGUUUAGAUAUAAAAGGAAUUGAUACCGUUAUAAACUAUGAUAUGCCACAAAGUUAUAAUCAUUACAUACAUCGUGUUGGCCGAACAGCGCGUGCGGGACGCAAUGGAAGAUCAGUAACUUUGACCGGCGAAUCGGAUCGUAAGAUUCUAAAGUUGGUGAUAAAAAAUACACCCAGGGAACAGGUUAAGCGUCGUACACUUGACGUUAAAAUGGUAGCAGAAAUUCGGGCAAAACUUGAUAAAUUAAAAGAUCAAGUCAAAGAAGUGCUGGAAGAGGAAAAAGAAGCAAAGAUAAUGAGACAGGCUGAAAUGGAAUUACAAAAAAAUGAAAAUCUUUUAAUACACGAGAAGGAAAUCUAUAGUAGACCGGCAAGAACGUGGUUUCAAACCGAACAAAAAAAGCAACAAUCGAAGAAU